UCUUUGUGUCUAUGCACCAGAUAGGACUGGUUUCACGUUUGUUUUGUAAUUUGAAGUGUUCAGUUGGGAUUUCUUAUUAAAGAAGAUGAACACUCACCUCGCUGCGCUUUGGUCUUCUCUUUCCCAGGAAGAAAGCCGUUACAGAAAUUUAACAACACUGUUUGACAUAGCUAGAAUUUCUGGAUUUUCAUCCUAAAAAAAAAACCCAUUAUGAUAAUAGGGCACUUAUGGUCAUUGACUGCAGGAAAGGGCUACAAAGCUAACUACUUUCAUUAGCUAUCAAUAUGCACUUGAUUAAGUUGUCACUGAUUUAGUUUGUUUUUGGAUUCUCAAACAGCCGACGAUAUGGAGCUCGAAGAAGCACACCUCACCAUCCCCUUCAACCCCAACAACAUCCCUACGAAACUGCCUGGUGAAUAACCCCAAAACUGCCAUGUGAAUAACCCCAAAAAUCAAGCAAUAUGUUGGCAUCCCUGUGGUGUUAAAGCAGAGCUGCUGUCACCUCAGAAGCAAAUGUUUGACACCAUCGACUGUUUCAAAACGACCAACUUUACAAGUUUGAAACCCAAGAUGACCCAUGGCCCCAGGGGCUCGGGAAAAUAAUGAUUGCUCAAUGGACAGGAUACAACACCACUUCCAACUUCAAACAAGAUCCAUCCAAACUGCUGGUGAAUCUGAAGAGGCUGAUGAGCAAAAACAAGGCGACGAUGGAAGCUGCCCAAUAAGUGAACUGUCGGUCCCCCAAAAGUUUCCGGCGACUCAUGGCCAAUAGUGAUGGUGGUUACAUGUUUGUUCGACAGGUACACCAACCAUCUCCUUACCAACAGUACAACCAAAGCAGAAUCCAGACCAUGAAGGAGUAUGAUUGGACCCCCAUCCCACACCGCGGCUGUAUCAUGGGUCAUGGGGAUGUCCCCUCCCCUACGACCAUCUACACAGACAAGGGAAUCCCCAUAUCCGUCAUCCACCGCUUCCCUUCAGACACUUCCUGCUCUGUGCAGUCCAGUCCAGCUACUGCACACAUCCAGCAGGGUUCACAAAGCCUGGCAAACCAUAGGCCCAAGUUCAACACCUUCAUCCCUCACCAUGCUGGUUUUUAUUCCCCUGCCAACCUGUCCUGUGGGGUUUUUGUAUCUUGACAAUCAAAACCAGGACUGGCAGAGCAGGGAAAACAAGGAGACCAAGAAGAGUGAAGUCAACUUGGACACAGUUUUCCAGAUAGUGGACGAGCUGCACCACAGUUCCCCCAAAAUACGCAUGGUCAAAUUGUAAACCCCAGAGCGCCAGCAGCCGGUCCUGGCCACCUCUAUCAUCAGGGCCCCAGCCCACCACCAAUAUCAACAGCUCACCAUCUCUUCCCAGAUUGACUCCUCUGUCAAAUCCAGCUUCCUGCCUGGCACAAUACUGAUGGAUGCCAGCACAGUGACUCCACGAGGGUCCACCAUUAUAACAGUCCCGGUGAACAUUCCUUCUCGGGGAAUUGCCAUCAUGGUCGGUGGUCAUGCAGCUGAUCAGCCAGUCAAGAGGGAGGAGGAACCUUUGCCUGUCGACGCCUAUCAGAAGGUUAGCUAGCCUAGCUUAGUAAAAACAUGGUACAUGGAGGCUAUUAUUCAUCAAUAAACAAACCAGUGUACCUAAGCUCAUCGUAUAGUUUAAUAAUUUGGGGUUUAAAGAAUUUAGAAUUGUGAAUGUAAAGAGAAAGCAAAGAUACUCAGUCCGUAUUCCUUGGUAAUAAAUAUUUUAAAAAACAUGUAUCGUAUGGAUGGUUAUCAGGGAUUCUGAUGAAUUCUGUUUUAUAAUAAGAGGUUGAUCAUGCUGUGAUUUAUCCCAGUGCCCUAAGGAAGCAUCCAAGUACAUCACCAAGGUAAAGGAGAUCAAGGGGGUGGAUGCAGAGGUCUGCAGUGUUCUACAUGACAAGUUUCAGCAUCCUGGCAGAGGCAUCUAGGUUUUUAGCUAAAAUGUCCUUGUACUGUGUAAAGUUCAUGAUACCACCACCAUAUUUUACAGUAGAUAUGGGGUUAUUUUCUGCAGAUGCAACUUUCUUUCGAUGGUGUGUGUGGCCAAAGAGCUUUAUAUCCAUGUACUCAACAAAUUUAUAUGCCUGGUGUUUGCUGAACGGCAUUGGCACUUGGAUUGCAACUACUGCUAUGGUUAGAUGAAAAUAAAGCCAUGCGCCAUGCGCACCAGUGAAGAGUUUUGCGUCGAAAGAACAAUGCAUAUGCAGAAAAUACCUUAUCUCUACUGUAAAAUAUGGUGGAUGUUAUGGGGCUAUUUUGCUUUUACAUGUCCUGGGGCCCUUGUUAAGAUCAACGGCAUCAUGAGCUUUACCAAAUACAAGGAGGAAAUGUUUGCCAAAAACCUAGUUUCCUCUGCCGGAGUGGAUCUUCCAGCAAGACAAUAACCCCAAUUACAUAAAUGGUUAAUUGGCCACAAAAUCAACAGUUUGCAGUGGCACUCUCAGUCUCCAGAAUUGAACCCAAUUUGAAAAUCUGUGGAUUGAACUGAAGAGGGCAGUCCAUGAGCACAGACAAAGGAUAUCAAGGGCCUGGAAAGAUUCUGUAUUGAGUAAUGGUUUAAGAUCCCUCUCAAUGUGUUCUCCAAUCUCAUAAAACAUUUUUAGAAAAAGUCUGUGUCGUUAUCCUCGCAAGGGGAGUUUUUU